AUGGGAUGGUUGUUUCCUGCGAGAUCAAAAGGAGCUACAACCCUCUCGACGACUGCAAUCGAUGUUCAACACCUCUACAACCCUCCUACAGUCGAAAAAGCACAACCCCAAACACUUCACCUCAAUCGUUGGUAUUGCAGCUACUCUGAUUCCCUUCCGAAUCAUUGUUAUGACGACGAGAACGAAACCACGAUGAGGCUUGCCAUGGAGCAGCCUCGCCACCUCCUUCAGUUCUUCAUCACAUCUUCGCACCUUUCCUUAAUGAAGUUGCUUCCGCAGCUUACCUGUUUCCCUCGGAUAUUCCUUCCUUCAUUAUCUUUUGCAAAUCAAUGCUUAAGCAUCCCUUGUUCCUUCCGAUCUUAUUCUUCCCUAAUCAGUUCGAUUGAGCACCUGUGUGAAUGA